AUGAUCGGGCCAAUUUACGGGUGGACCAUGCUUAUUGCAGAAGUAGCAAAGAUUGUGCUCAAUGGGAGGUCUAGCGCAGCUGGCUGGAGGCAAAUUUGGUCUCGUCUUAUAGAAGUCCUUUCUCAGCCUCCAUCUUCUUCAAAACAUCUCCAAACUUCGGCAGCCACCAUUGAACCACCAUAUUCACCACUGGAGCAUGGCAAGAGAAGGCUAACCAAGAGCUCCCAAAACGCAAAACAGGAUAAUGCAGCCUCUGCAGAAGACAGACUAAGAUUGCGGAACUGCAUUAAGAUAGAUGGGAAACCAUGCAUCAAGCAUCAAGAGAUAGAUCUGAUAGAACGAUUACAAUAUUGGGCCUGCAAAGAGGCGAAAAGAGCCUCAGGAAACAAUUCUAAGCCAGCUCACACCAAGGAAGCAUAA